UCAACAAGUUUACAGCUCUGUGGAGAAUGAAUGAUAGAAAAGAUUGGUUAAUCAGAAAUAUUUGCCAAAAUUUUGUAUGAAUGUGUUUUAUUUUUUCUGUGUAAAGAGAUUGAAUUUGAUUUAUAUUUUGCUAUCAUAAAGAUAUGAUCUCUUUUUGUCAGUAAAUUAUAAAAAAGACAAAUUUGGCACGUGGAGGAGAUUUAAGGGUGAGACCUAGUGGUCAAUGAGGUGGAUUGUGAACCAUCAGGUCUCGGGUUUAAAUCUCGCAAAAUCACUAGGUGAUUUCUUCCCAUCUGUGCAAUCCUUGGUAGAUAGAGUUACCUGAUAUAUGUGCUGGUGCGAGGUAGCGGUAUCUCGUGGAAUUAGUCGAGGUCAAAGCAGGGGAAAUUGUUUUAAAGUUGGAUGUGUGCUUGAGCCUUUUUUGAAAAUCUUGGCCCUUCCUAUCCAGUUAAAACUCGAAACUUUCUGGAAUUAUGCAUGUCUGGUCCUGGGGCCACUGUUGAUGAUAUUGAAAGAACAGUAACUUUAUCGGAUAGGACGAAAUCACUUGACGCCAUUCAUGAUAAUAACUACAUUACAAAAUUGACAAAUGGUGAAGUUUGUCUUUCUUCUGAAACCACCAACUUCAGAGUUGGGGAGCUCUUAUUACCAAAUGGGGAAUCCUACUCCGGGUCCCUGCUGGGAAACAUACCCGAGGGUUCCGGAAAGUAUAUUUGGACCGAUGGUUGUCAGUAUGAGGGUGAGUGGAGACACGGGAUGAGGCAUGGGCAUGGGAAACUAGAAUUUCCUUCCGGUGCUGUUUACGAUGGUGAAUUUUCAGGUGGUUAUAUGCACGGCGAGGGGACGUAUAUUGGACCUGAUAAAGUGACCUAUAGGGGACGCUGGCGGUUGAACCUUAAACAUGGUUUAGGAUAUCAAAUGUAUCCAAAUGGAGAUAUUUUUGAAGGAUCAUGGAUUCAGGGAACACCAGAAGGACCGGGUAAGUAUACAUGGGCUAACGGGAAUGUCUACUUUGGAAACAUGAAAGGAGGGAAAAUAUCGGGGAAAGGAACUCUCACUUGGAUUAAUGGCGAUUCGUAUGAAGGGAGCUGGUUAAAUGGUACAAUGCAUGGCGUUGGUGUGUAUACAUGGAGUGAAGGUAGUUGUUAUAUCGGUACAUGGACACAUAGUCUAAAGGAUGGAAAAGGAACAUUUUAUCCUAGUGGUAGCAGGCUUACGGCCGGUCAAGAAUUGUACCUUAAUGCUUUGAGGAAACGAGGAUUAUUGCCGGAUAUGAGAAAACAAAAUCAAGUCUCUCAUAUCCAUCAUGCUGCUUCAGUUGAUAUGGGAAAUGUCAAAUUAGUAAGUGGUAACCAAGGAUCAUAUGAUAAGCGUCCAGAGAGAAACCUGUUAAAUUUCGAGCAGUCUCGGCCUACAAAUGUUGCUCUCGAAAGGCGAUGGAGUCUUGAAGUAGCCAUUGAGAAAGUGAUUGGACAUGAUUUAGAUGGAGACAUGGAAGACAAUAUGAGUGCUCCAAUUUUGGAAAGAGAAUACAUGCAAGGUGUCCUAAUCAGUGAGGUUGUCUUGAAUGAUCGGUUUUCACCACCAUCCGGAAGAGCCAGAAGGAGGCAAAGGAAACUUGCAAGGGAAUUGAAGAGACCAGGUGAAGCAAUCAUAAAAGGGCACAGGAGUUAUGAUUUAAUGCUCAGCCUUCAACUUGGGAUCAGAUACACAGUGGGAAAAAUUACACCUAUACAAAGACGAGAAAUACGGGCUUCAGAUUUUGGUCCACGUGCUAGCUUUUGGAUGUAUUUUCCUAAAGAAGGAUCACAAUUGACACCUACACAUCAGUCCGAAGAUUUCAAGUGGAAAGAUUAUUGCCCAAUGGUCUUCAGGAAUCUGAGGGAGAUGUUUAAGAUUGAUGCUGCUGAUUAUAUGAUGUCAAUUUGUGGAAAUGAUGCACUUAGAGAGCUUUCUUCUCCUGGGAAAAGCGGCAGUGUGUUUUUCCUGUCUCAAGAUGACCGUUUCAUGAUUAAGACAUUACGUAAAUCUGAAGUUAAGGUUUUGCUGCAGAUGCUUCCGAAUUAUCAUCGUCAUGUCAAGACGCAUGAGAAUACUCUCAUCACUAAAUUUUUUGGACUUCAUAGGAUAAAACCUUCCAGUGGACAGAAGUUCCGCUUUGUAGUAAUGGGAAAUAUGUUUUGUACGGAGUUGAGAAUCCACCGAAGAUUUGAUCUUAAAGGUUCUUCACUAGGGCGAUCGGCAGACAAGGUUGAAAUUGAUGAGAACACAAUACUUAAGGAUCUAGAUUUGAACUACUGCUUUUAUCUAGAGCCUUCUUGGCGCGAAGCUUUAUUAAGGCAGAUCGAAAUCGACAGUAAAUUUUUGGAGGAACAGCACAUUAUGGAUUACAGCCUCUUGUUAGGUGUUCAUUAUAGAGCACCUCAACACCUACAAUCUCUCAUCUCGUGCAGUGGACGCACCACAGUGGAUGGAUUAGAAAUUGUUGCAGAGGAAGAGUCUCUGGAGGAUGAAAUAUCGCCCCAAGGCCUUGUUUUGGUCCCACGCGGAAGUGAUGAUAGCGUGGUUGUGGGUCCUCAUGUCAGAGGCAGCCGAUUACGAGCGUCAUCAGCUACUGGCGAUGCAGAAGUGGACCUCCUCCUCCCAGGGACAGCAAGACUCCAGAUUCAGCUUGGCGUGAAUAUGCCAGCAAGGGCGGAAUAUAUACCAAAGGAAGGUCAGACGCAGGUUUUUCACGAAGUAUAUGAUGUUGUAUUAUACCUUGGGAUAAUUGACAUAUUGCAAGACUACAAUAUAAGUAAGAAGUUAGAACACGCAUACAAAUCGAUUCAGUUUGAUUCUGUGUCCAUUUCUGCUGUGGAUCCAACAUUUUACUCGGAGCGGUUCUUAGAGUUCAUUCGGAAGGUCUUUCCUACGCUUGCAGUGGCAACUUAGAAGAGUUUGAACAGUAUAUUUUUACCGCCAUCCUUAGCUCUUAGCAUGGAAAUUCAUCCGAACCUGAGAAUGUUUGUAGCCUUUUCCCAGAGGGUGGCAGAGGAUACAGCUAUUGUUUUGUAUUUAUUGAGUGUGUACAAUGCGGAUCACAGCUCUUCUUGUUCAUAGCAAUGCAUAUCAGAUUUUUCUUUACA